GAGGACACCUUACCCAGCUUUGAGACUCUUAACCUCUCUUCUCCACCGACCCGAAUCCCCGAGCUCAGCCGUGAUUCCUCCCCAGGUCGCGCCGGAGCCGAAGACACAACCUUUCGGUUCCAAAGGGAUGGUAGCCCGAAGGGACCAAGCACAAUGGCCCCGUUCCAACCUAUCGGCCUCGAGCAACGGAGGAGUGGGUCUUGCGAGAACAUCAGUAUCAGCGGGGUCAGCGUGGGUGACUCGUCGACUAGCCACUAUGUCAACAAAAUACACAAGUGGGACAGUGUUCCAGGCGUGGGGAUCCCCCAGCCUUCUCCACCUACCCCCCGCAGGCUCGGCGGGGACCAGAGUCCCUGGCACCACCGCAAGUUUGCCCCACCCUCCCCUCCACCCGUCAUGGCACCUCUCAGUGGCGCCACAUCACACAGCCCCUAUGACGGGAACUUCGCUACAGUGGUGGCGGUGUGUGACUACACGGCCACGCUGGACGGGUGCAUCUCCUGCCGUAAGGGUGACCACGGUCAGCUGCUGGACGUCAACUCCCGGGGGUGGUGGUACGUGCGCAUCGGCAUGGUGGAGGGAUGGGUCCCGGGGGACUACUGGGAGGUUGUAAAGCAUUCUCAGCCGCGUGUGCCAGGGCACAGGGUUUCUCCCAUCUCUCACUCAGCCUUCAGGGGACCCCGAUACUUCGGCUUCGAGACGGAACCUUGGUACCAUGGUCGGCUGAGCCGGCAUGAGGCGGAGAGCAGACUGCUCCGUUACGCCAGGUCCAGGGACUUCUUGGUGAGGCAGAGUACACAUAGGGUCGGAGACUUUGUCCUUUCCGUGCUUUUCUGUGACAAAAUCCAUCAUUUCACCAUAGAGACCACCGCCGACGGACGCUUCUUCAUCGGCAAGCACUACUUCAAAGAGAUGGUCAGCAUCGUCUGCUACUACCAGCACAACACCCUCUUCUUCUCCGAGGACAAGGACCCAAUAUCGUUGGGACAGCCGCUCAUCAUUCCCUGCAGAGAUUUCUGACUUUUCCCUCACCAACUCAGACACAGACACUGACUGGGACUGUUCUGACUGUUGAAUAAUCAGGUUACUUAAGUGGAGGUCAAAGGUAAAGGUCGUGUCAAAAGCCUGGUUACCAUUGUAGUGUGACCACUGUGUCAGAAUACCCCACAACCAAUGGUAUCUGUUAAAUAUACAUAUUAUGUAUUUUUGUAAUGUUCUGCUGUGCAGAGGCAGUUUUUGUAUAUACCAUUUGGAACUGUGUAUGUCAGAGUGUGAAUGUAAGAGCUGGAUAUGUGUUAGUAAUAGCAGUUGAGUAACGUCAGAGUUUAAUGUAUUGUGGCGUAUUUUGCAGUUGCCUAUCUUCAUGUCCAUAUAUGGAAACCUGCAAGAUAUGAGCACUGUAUUACUGUGUAUCUUAUUUUACUUAACUUUGUGGCCGAUCUGUAGCAUUGUCUUAUCUAAAAUGUGACGUGUUCUGAGAUCAUAGUGAAGCCUAUUUGGAGAACAAUUUGCUCAAGUUUCAGCCACAACGAUAGAGUUGCUAAGUUCUAGGGCCUCUGAGAUGGUACAUAUUCGUACACAAUGUGUAUACAUUAUGAGUAUGAAAUGCUACAUUUCAGCAAACUAAUAUGGCAAAUACUAUCAAUAUUUAUGAAAGCAAAUUUGAAAGUUGACAAGGACCAAAUGACUAUUUCUCUAACAUGAAUAUGUAAUAACUAUGAAAAGUCAAUUUGUGCUGAGAUAAAAUAUAUCAAAUAUCUAUAUAGAGGAUCUAAAAGUUUGUAUCUACUUAUUUAUUGAUAUGUUGAGAUGAAAUAUAUUGAAUAUCUAAAUAGAGAAUCUUAAAGUUUGUAUCUACUAAUAAAGUUUAUACCAAAGCUUAUAUGGAAGAAAUUGUUGGAUUAAGGAAACUUGUAUUUUAUUCAUGUAAAGCUCCACUGCUAAAAACCAAAUAGCCAUUUAAACAUGCUUAUGAAUAAUGUUAUAUUAUGUAUAUCAAAAUUAAUAAACUUAAAGGAUGAAAUUUAAUAUGCUAUGUUCAAUAUCAUUUUUUCUGAAAUACUACAGUGCUACAUUGUUACUGUGUCAUAUCAAUAUUAUACAGCGAUAACGAAAUAAGAACAUAAUUUUGAAUAAUACCCUUCUGAAAUAUUCAAUCAGAUUUGCAUAUAUAAUACUUAAGCAUAUAAUAUUUGAGCAUGAAUUCUGAAACUAACAAAUACUGAUAACCAUCAUACAAGUAAGCCCAUAUGGUAAUAACAUACAACUAUAAAAA